AUGGCGGAUAAAGCAAGGCUCCGCGGCUGCAAAGGACUAGCUCUCUUCUGCUUUACAUUGGUUUCCGCUUGGGAGACAGUUUCUGGGGAAAUUCGCUAUUCGAUUCCUGAGGAAAUGCAGAAAGGCUCUUUCGUGGGGAAUAUCUUAAAGGAUCUGGGGCUGGAUCUAAAGGAACUCUCAGACCGGGGAGUCCGCAUUGUUUCCACAGGUAGGACUCCGUAUUUUGCUCUGAAUCUUAAGAGCGGUCAUUUAAUCAACACAGAAAGAAUUGACAGAGAGCAAAUCUGUGGCCAGCUAGUGACAUGUCUGUUACAUCUUGAGGUUCUUGUUGAGGAUAAAGUGAAGCUUUUCAUAGUUGAACUUGAAAUCACAGAUAUUAAUGACAAUGCGCCCCGCUUCCAGGAAGAUGAAUUGGAAUUUAGAAUCAGUGAGUUAGCCGCUGUGGGAACCCGAUACUCUCUUGAGGAGGCGCAGGAUGCAGAUGUGCGAGCCAAUUCUGUGCAGGGCUAUUAUCUCAGCAGUAACAAACACUUCUCUCUGGAUGUGCAAACGGGAACUGACGGGGACAAAUAUGCGGAACUGGUGCUGGAAAAAUCUCUAGACCGGGAAGAACAAGCUGUUCAUGAUCUAAUCCUCACAGCCACUGACGGGGGAGAUCCAGUCAGGUCCGGCACUGCGCAGAUCCGCGUUAUCGUCCUUGACGCAAAUGACAAUGCACCAGUUUUCAGUCAGCCUGUCUAUAAAGUGAGUGUUUUGGAAAAUGUGCCCGUCGGGUCUCUGCUGCUGACAGUAAACGCCACAGAUCCGGACGAAGCGAUACAUUCGGAGGUCACAUAUUCACUCCGGAAGAUGAAAGACAAAGCGUCCCAGAUAUUCCAGGUGGAUUCUAAAACGGGAGAAAUAUCAACUGUGGGAAACCUGGACUAUGAGGAAGCCGCAUCAUAUGAAAUGGAGGUUCAAGCAAAGGACGUUGGAGACCUCUCGGCCAGGUCUAAAGUCCUGGUUACUGUGAUUGAUGUUAAUGAUAAUGCUCCCAGAAUAACAAUCGCUUCUCUCUUCAGCUCAGUCAGCGAAGACAGCCCUCCAGAGACUCUGAUUGCUCUAUUAAACAUCAGAGAUAAAGAUUCUGGAGAGAAUGGAGAGGUCACAUGCUCCAUACCCGGCAACCUGCCAUUCCGGUUACAGAAAUCAUUUGACAAUUAUUACAGCUUGGUGACUGACAGACCCCUGGACCGGGAGCGGGUCUCGGAUUACAAUGUGACGAUCACAGCCACAGACCGAGGGACUCCAAAUCUGGCUUCCAAAAUAACAAUUUUAGUGCAACUUUCAGACAUAAACGACAACGCUCCCAUCUUCAACCAGACAUCCUACACUUUGUACAUCACAGAGAACAAUCCUAGAGGAGCUUCCCUUUGUUCCCUGAAAGCGAAUGACCCCGACUGGGGGGAGAACUCCAGAGUCACUUACUCCAUUACUGGAACUCAGAUCCAGGAAGCUCCACUCUCUUCCUCCAUCUCCAUUAACUCCGAGACUGGGGCCCUCUACGCUCUGCGCUCCUUCGAUUACGAACAGUUCCGGGAGAUUCGUUUCCAAGUGCAGGCUCAGGAUGGGGGUUCCCCACCUCUCAGCAGGAAUGUCUCCGUCACUCUCUUUAUACUGGAUCAGAAUGACAACACUCCGCACAUCUUACACCCCUCCUUUCCCACCGAUGGCUCCACGGGAGUGGAGUUGGCCCCUCGCUCCUCCGAGCCGGGUUACCUGGUCACUAAGGUGGUGGCGGUGGAUGCAGACUCCGGGCAGAACGCCUGGCUCUCCUACCAGCUGCUGAAGGCUACAGAGCCGGGGCUCUUCUGUGUGGGACUCCACAGCGGCGAGAUCAGGACAGCGCGCUACUUUCUCGACAAAGAUGCGUUCAAGCAAAGUCUGGUGGUUUUAGUGAAGGACAACGGGCAGCCCCCUCUCUCUGCCACGGCCACUGUCACGGUGGUGGUGGCUGACAGCAUCCCCGAAAUCCUCUCCGAUUUAAGCAGCCUCUCAGCUCCUGCAGACCCCCAGUCCAGCCUCACCUUGUAUUUGGUGAUCGCUGUGGCUUCCGUUUCCUGCUUGUUCUUUACCUUUAUCAUAGUGUUACUGGCCUUGAGGCUCCGCCGGUGGAGAAACUCGCAGCUGUUUGACUCCUCGAGUGUGACUUUCAGUGGGGUUCCGGCCUCGCAGUUUGUGGGGCUCGAUGGAGUCAGAGCUUUUCUUCACUCCUACUCACAUGAGGUUUCUCUAACCACGGACUCCAGAAAGAGCCAAUUUACCCUACCAAAACUGAACUAUUCAAGUACCCUAACAUGUCAGUCAAUUGAUAAAAAAAAGGAAUCCGUCCUCAUGUCGGAGGAUUUGAGUUUGAGCAAUGGGGAUCAGCCACUUUUUCAGGUGAGUCUGCCACUUUACAUAGUGUGGUUUGGGCUUUGUAUGCCCUGUAUUGCUUUUCCAUCUGAGAAAUAG